AUGGACGAAAGCGGUCAGAUGGCUGUCUACGGAGUAUUUUCUGUGGAUGUCGAAGCUCCCCGUGACCCGUGGUUCACCAAAGCGGAUCCUUGCUACUCCCGACUUGUUCUAGUCAACCUAAAGUUAGUGCCUAAGGAACCAAACGAGGUACCUGUGGUGGGCCUGGAACAGAGUGCGUGGUCGGAGGCCCUUCCAGAGGUACUCGGUUCAGACCUUUGUCUCUUGAUGUUCCCAAGGGUCAUUGAACUCGAUCAGCCCCUUUUCGAAGUUGCCGGUCAUCCCAUUAUCAAUCACUGCCUCAAGGCACUUGCCAAAAUCUCUGAUAUCCGAGAAGUCAUCCUAGUCGGCUACUACGAUGAAUCCGUCUUCCGUGAUUUCAUCAAAGACUCCAGCAAGGAGUUCCCCCAGUUCCGAAUUCAAUACUUGCGUGAAUACACGGCACUUGGUACAGCAGGAGGUCUCUAUCAUUUCCGUGAUGCCAUCCUCAAGGGCAAGCCCGAGCGCAUCUUCGUCCUGAACGCCGAUGUCUGCUGCUCCUUCCCUCUUGGUGAGAUGCUGAAGCUGUUCGAGGAGAAGGACGCCGAGGCGGUGAUUCUGGGAACCAGGGUCAGCAACGAUGCCGCGACCAACUUUGGAUGUAUUGUCUCCGAUUCUCACACCAAGCGCGUGCUGCACUACGUCGAAAAGCCGGAAUCACACAUCUCCAACCUCAUCAAUUGCGGUGUCUACCUCUUUGCUACCGAGUGUAUCUUCCCCGCCAUCCGCAGUGCCAUCAAGCGCCGUACUACUCGGCCUCGUCUCCUCUCAUACCCUUCCUCGGAAAACCUGGAGGCCUCCUUCGUUGCCGCCGACGAGGAGACGGAGAAGAGCGAGGUCCUCCGCCUGGAACAGGACAUCCUCUCCGACUUGGCGGACAGCAACCGGUUCUUCGUCCAUGAGACCAAGGAUUUCUGGCGACAGAUUAAGACCGCUGGCUCGGCCGUCCCCGCCAAUGCGCUGUACCUGCAAAAGGCCUUCCAGGCGCAAUCCGACGAACUCACCCCUCCCUCCGCCACGAUCGUGCCCCCCGUCUAUAUCCACCCCACCGCAACCGUAGACCCGACCGCCAAGUUGGGACCCAACGUUUCCAUUGGUGCCCGUGUCGUCGUCGGCGCCGGAGCUCGUAUCAAGGACUCUAUCGUGCUGGAGGAUGCAGAGAUCAAACACGAUGCGUGCGUGAUGCACUCAAUUAUCGGCUGGAGCAGCCGGGUGGGCGCCUGGGCUCGUGUCGAGGGAACCCCCAUCCCCAUGACAAGCCACUCCACCAGCAUUAUCAAGCAUGGCAUCAAGGUGCAGAGCAUCACCAUCUUGGGUAAGGAGUGUGCUGUCGGCGACGAGGUGCGGGUGCAGAACUGUGUGUGUCUGCCAUACAAGGAACUCAAGAGGGUAUGUUAUUUGGCUCUUCUGCAUUUCUUGACGACACUAACGUUGGUGAACAGGAUGUUGCCAACGAGGUUAUUAUGUAGUGAGACAUUCAAAAAGGACUGCUCAAAGUUGGAUCUAUUCGAUGGAUUAUACAUGUCUCGUUACCACUAA